AUGGGUAACACACACAGCACAACAACAAGAAGACAAGCUGCUCCUAGAGCAGUAAAGACAAGAAAAAGCCCUCGCCGAUUUGGUCUCCCCUCGCAAAGACGUGCUCAUGCUGCUGCUCCUGUAGCAGUUAAACCUCGUCGUAAGUUUGGCUUUGGCUCAUCGAGAAAGCAUCGUCAUGGUGCUGCUGCUGCUCCUGUGGCUACAACUGUUCCAUCCAACUCAAUGACAUUGCGUAAACUCAAGGCAAAGAUUUCUCCUGGUCCCAAAGUAGCUACUACCAACAAGAGAUCAAGAAAGCAUGCAAAGAAAGACCCUGUUAGUGGUUUUGUAGACAAGCUGGCUCCCGCCGCUGGCGCUGCUGGUGUCUCUGCUGCUCCAAGACAUCGCUCUCGUGGAUUUGGAUUUGGAAGACGCAGACCUGUUGAGCCUCCCAUCACCACCAAAAGAGGCAUGUUUAGUCGAUUCCAAAGAGCCAGAGCUUACUAA